GUAUGUAUGUGUGUGCAUCUUGCUAUCUGGGUAGAUUUCUAUGUGAGAAAAAUAUAUGUAGAUUUUGUGUGUGCCCAAAUAAAUCUAUGUGUGUCCAAGUGCAUUUAUGUGUGUCCAAGUGAAUUUGUGUGUGUCCAAGUGAAUUUGUGUGUGUCCAAGUGA